AGGCACAGAUAGACAUUUUCCCAAAAUCAAACGAAAGACACAACUGAGCAGGAACCGUGGGAAUCCGGCUCCUUCUUUUGAUUAUUCUCUCUGCCUUGCUCUACAUUUUAUACUCAAUAUUUAGUAUCCAGCUCACUAUGUUGGCCAUGGGUGGAUUAUAUUUGAAGCACGUCGUGGUGGCAGCAGUGUGCUCCGUGCUGGCCACAGGGACGCUGGGGUCCCCGGUGGUGGGGCCAGAGCCAAUCCGAUGCGCACCGUGUACUCCGGAGAAGCUGAGCCUGUGUCCAGCGGUGGCGCCCGGAUGCGCCGAGGUGCUGCGGGAGCCCGGCUGUGGAUGCUGCCUCGCCUGCGCCCUGAAGGCUGGGGAGCUGUGCGGGAUCUACACGGCGCCGUGCGGCUCCGGACUGAGGUGCACCCCGAGACCCGGCGACCCCCGGCCACUGCACUCCCUCACGCAGGGACAAGCCGUGUGUACGGAGAGCACUGGGCCAGCACCGACCCCCGAGCCCCAGACUCAAGAUCAGGGAGAGCCAGAGGCUGAGACGGAGAACGCUGCCAUCGUCUCGGACCCCGGCUCCAGCCACUACCUCCCCGGCCACAGUAGGCCCUACGACCCGAGGGCUGCUGCUGACGCUCAGGAGAGCAUGAAAGCCAAACUCAUCGCAAUCCGCAAGAAACUGGUGGAACAGGGACCCUGUCACCUGGAGCUGCAGAGAGCCCUGGAGAAGAUCGCCAAGUCCCAACAGAAAUUAGGAGACAAGUUAACCAGAUUCUACCUCCCCAACUGUGACAAACACGGGCUUUACAAACCCAAACAGUGUGAAUCCUUCCUGGACGGACAGAGGGGUCGAUGCUGGUGUGUGAAUUCCUGGAAUGGCAAGAAGAUUUUAGGUUCAACCAACGUGCCUGCAGAUGCCGAGUGCCCCUGAAGAAAUCAACCACUGAUGCAGUUCUCAAAAAACAAAAAACAAGAAAAAAAAGAAGAAGAAGCAAGCCACUGAUUUUUCCUUUUUUUGAUAGCUGUUUAUUUAUUGAUCUUGUCCAUGGUGGUGUUUAAUUCAGGUACACUGUCAUUGAGGGGACUCUGGGUCCCUCCACCCCUGCCCCCCCUUCAAACACCCGUCCCAAAGAGAAGAAAAAAAAAUCUAUUUUUGUUUUUCUGAAAAGGAGAUUUUAAUAUUGAUGCAUUUACUUCUACUCUUCAGCCUUAUUUAUUUCAAUUUUACUGCAUUUUAUUUGUUAUUUGUAAUUAUUUCAUGAGUAUUUAUAUCUUUUUUUUGCCUUAUUGUUAUUAUUAUAUUAUUAUUUUUGUGAGUGUAUAAAGUGUAUAUAUGUAUCUUGGCCCUGAGUAACUCCACUGCUGAGUUGAGCUCGCUCUACCCUUAAGGAGUUGUCUGAAGGUUUGGUUUGUGACAAACCAAGCGAGAACAAAAGCACUGAGUGACCAAAUGUCAUUUAGAAUUAUUUCUAAAUGUUGUUUUUAUGAUUCAUUUCACGUUGUUGCCAUUGUUAUGUCUUCUCUCUUUUUUUCCUUUUUCUUUUUAUGUUCUGAUGUCACACAUGAUUACAAAACUCUCAGUCGGGAAUCCUGAAACAGUCUCAGAAAACAUUUCCCAUGGUUCCAUGGGUCUGCAGAUAGCAUGACAGGAGGUGCCUCCCUGUGCUGCCUCUCAGACGGGUAUUUCUGCAUUUACCUACCUCCAAUAUUUAUGUGUCUGCUGUCAGUUGUGUUGAUUUAUCUGUCAAGAAAAGACUCUCUACUUUACUUUAUAUGUUGCUGUACUCUGACCAAGAACACAUGACCACAAAGAGCAAGUCCCACAGUGAACCUGAACCAUGACUCGCUCUGCUCUAUCUACAUGCUGCUGUUGGAGAGAGGAUUAUUGUUAAUGUGAGUCUAUUCCAAAGUGACUAACUGCUCACUCGUGUGUAUGUACACUUUUGUAAUUGAGAUGUAAUGUAAGAAAAAAAGCUGAUAUAUUUAAUAAAAACAUUAACCUCA